AUGGGUCACACAUCUACGGCCUACAAUGUCCUUUUUCGCACCACCAAUAGUCAGUACAAACCGACUUGGGCCGUCACAACCGUUCUUGUCCCAGAGGUCGGUCUGAAUAGUACUGCCCAAUCAGCCUUCAACCAAUCCGCCUUGUUGUCCUAUUAUAUACCCUAUGACUCUGCUUCUCUUGACUCCAGCCCUAGCUACACACUCUAUGGUACUCAAUAUGCUCAGCAAAUUGAUGCUGCCUUGGCACUGGGGCUGUUCGUUUCUGUGCCCGACUACGAAGGCCCGUUGGCCGCUUUCACGGCCGGAGUUAACUCAGGGCAUGCUUCCAUUGACUCGAUUCGUGCCGUUCUUUCACUUGGCCUAGGUAUGAACACAACCCCAGCCCGAGUCGCACUUUGGGGCUACUCUGGCGGUGCGCUUGCUGCAGAGUGGGCUUCCGAGCUUAUGGUUCAAUACGCGCCAGAGUUAUCCGAGACGAUCGUCGGUGCCGCUCUGGGAGGCCUAACACCGAAUGUUUCUAGCGUCUACGAAACUGUUUCAGGUGGCAGCUUCGCUGGUCUGGUGCCAAGCUCCCUCCUUGGUCUGACCGCGCAGUACCCCGAGGCGCGGGAGUAUGUGACUUCUCAGCUUAAAGCUUCCGGACCAUACAACAGCACUGGAUUCCUUGCGGCACUGAAGAUGAGCGUUGAUGAGGCUGGCGUUGCCUUUGCGGGCCACGAUAUUGGCGAGUAUUUCCAAAAUGGUUUCGCAACGUUCCAAUCGCCCAUCAUUCACAACAUCCUCAAUCGAGAUGGAGUUAUGGGCUACCACGGUGUGCCACAGAUACCAAUUUUCUCCUAUGUGGUUAUUCAGGAUGAAGUUAGUGAGGUUGCCUAUACAGAUGCCCUUGUAGAACGGUAUUGCCAAGUCGGCGCCAACAUCCUGCACGAGAGAAACUCGGUGGGUUCACACCUCGAGGAGGCGUACAACAGUGCGUCAGCAGCUCUUAAUUGGUUGACGGCCGUUCUCUCGGGCUCAUAUGCUGCGAAAUACAAUAGUAUUGGAUGUACCAUCCGAAACGUCACCAGAAACGGUACCAUCUCUGGUGUCUAG